GGGCAACGCGAAUUUCCAUAGGAUCCCUGAGGAACUUUCGAGCCAAAGACAUGUCGUCGCGGAUAAUUUCUCUUCCCAUUUGUUCGACCAACUUGUGCAUGAUAACAGAUCCAUUAGUUGAUAUUUUGAUGAGAGAUUUCUCUGCUAAAACUCUUAUCCACAGGCUGCUCUGAGGUAUGGGGCCAUGAAGAAGGGAAGUGAUUCGCUGGAGAGUGUCUCCAUUGAAGAGACAGACAACAUGAAGGAAUACAUUCUGAUGUGGUUUUGGUAAGCCCUCGUAGCUAAUUUUCAAGAUUUCCAUUAUAUUCUCGUCAAGACUGCUUUCAAGUGCACCCAGUGCUUCUUCCCACUCCUCAGGACUCGCUGUCCUUCCACGGAGAAAUAAUGCAUAGGCUUGAAUGGCAGAAGGAAGCCCGUGAGCAAGCUUAGAAGCUCGGAUUGAGAGUUGGUCAAAACCCUCACAAGGAGGAAGUCCUCCUUCAAAAGCAAUCUGUUUAAACAUCUGGAGGGCAUCCUUAUCAUCCAAGCACUUAACCUCAUAAACGACUUCUACUCCACAGGUAUUGAGCAAGCCCAUAUCUCGAGUGGUUAUGAUAAUUCGGCUCCCAGGACCAAACCAGUUUUUCUCUUUUGCCAAAGCAUGCACCUGCGCCACUUUAUCCACACCAUCAAGCACAAGAAAAACCUUUUGAUUCCCAAGUCUCUUUUUUAUCUCUUGGCAUCCAGCUUCCACGCUCCAUAACCUAAUAUCAUCACAGAGGAUACUGGAGAGCAAUUCUUUUUGCAAAUGCUUUAGAUCAUGGCCAUUGUCUUUACUAACACUCUUAAUGUUUUCUAUGAAACAAUGAGCUGGAAAUUUAGGUGAGAGCUGGUCAUAGAGACACUUAACAAUGGAGGUUUUCCCAAUUCCUCCCAUUCCCCAGAUUCCUACCAGGAGAACCUCAUUGGAUUCCUGAUCCAAGAGAUGAUUAAGACCUUCCAUAUGUCUACUUCUUAUUCUUUUUUGUUGGCUGGAAGAGAGUUGGAUGUGUUCUUGAGUUUCAGCGGUAAGAUAGCUCUUGACGUUGAUUUUGGUUAUGAUUUGUCACGAAAUGGUAUCAAAGCUUUUAAAUCCGAAAGCUGGAAGGAGAGUAGCUUCAAACCAAUUGAUCUACGAACGCUUGAGGCUUUGACAGAGUCCAAAGUUGCAGUUGUCAUGACGUCUGAUGAAGAAGUUUCUUCAGUUGGGUUCCUUGAAGAGCUCAUUGUAAUAAUUGAGUUUCAAGAGAAACGUUCACUCACUGUCAUACCAGUCUUCCUCACAAAACACCCUUUGGAUGUGGAAAAAGUCUCUCAAAUAUUUCCUGAGAGAGCCAAAAUUUGGAGGACUGCAAUUGCCAAACUGGACAACAUAGCUGCACAGUACUCGUUUUCUCGGAAUCUUGCGGUGAUGCACGGAACACACCGGAUCAAGCAGAUUGCUGAUGACAUUAGGCUUAUGUUUCUGUCCUCUGCAUCAAGCGAUUUCAAAGGCCUUGCAGGAAUGGACCGUCACAUGAAAGCAUUGUAUGCGUUGUUGGCUUUAGAAUCUGACGAAAAGGUUCGUACCAUUGGUAUUUGGGGUAGUUCAGGUGUGGGAAAGACAACACUUGCAAGGUACACUUAUGCAGAGAUCUCUGUUAAAUUUCAGGCGCAUGUUUUCCUAGAAAACGUCGAAAACAUGAAAGAAAUGCUUCUACCGUCAGAAAACUUUGAAGGGGAAGAUCUUAGAAGUGUGAAUCAUGAGAUGAAUGAAAUGGCGGAAGCAAAGCAAAAACACCGGAAAGUUCUUUUGAUAGCUGAUGGUGUGAACAACAUUGAACAAGGAAAGUGGAUCGCGGAGAACGCCAACUGGUUUGCUCCAGGAAGUAGAGUCAUUCUAAUCACUCAAGAAAAAAGUUUGCUUGUGCAAUCAGGAGUGAAUCAUGUGUAUGAAGUUGGUUCUCUAAGAUAUGAUGAAGCUCUCCAACUCUUCUCACGUUUUGCUUUCAAGCAGCCAUAUCCUUCUCCUGAUUUUGAACGCCUCUCAGUUCGUGCUGUUCAGCUUGCAGGGUUUCUUCCUGUGACCAUUAGACUGUUUGGUUCGUUUUUAACUGGUAGAGAUAAAGAGGAGUGGGAAGCUACACUGCUUAAACUCAAUGCAAAGCAAGGUAAAGACAUAAAGGAAGUUUGGAAGAUUAUGGAAGCAUUAGAAGAUAAAGAUAUCGUGGAAGCAUCCCAAAGAUAAAACACCUGUAUUAUAUUCCCUUACAUCUUGUUUGGUUUCCUCAAUGAUAAUGCAUGUGCGUCAACGCUUAUAAACGUAGGUAUCAACAAAGCCCAUCUUUUAUAUUUCUUUCGCACAGUUUUGGUCAUGGAGUACACAAUGGUAUUGUGUGUUAUCUCUUAUCUACUUAUAGGUUUAUCUCUGUAAGUCUGUAUAAUCAU